CCGCAACCAGUACUGGAAUCACCCAUCACUGAAGGAAGUAUUUUACCCAGCGACUGACGCGGAAGAACCAAGAACACGACAGAAAUUAUCUGCCGUGUCCUGAUCUAUGCAAAACUACAAAUAACACAGGUGUCUUUUGCGUCGUCGUCUUUCUGAACACUAUUAAUGAAUACCUCGGACAGUGAAGAGGACUCUUACAAUGAGAGGUCAGCUUUGGUACCAAGUGAAAGCCCAACCUUGCUACCAUACAGUGAUGAUCCAACUUUGGGCCAGGUGGAUGCAGAGACCAUAAGGCGUCGCCCGGUGACAGAUGUGGGCUCCUCUGAUAGGCCGGCCCGCGGCCCGGUGGAGCGGGAGCCCACGGUGGAGAGCGAGGAUGAGGAGCUCACGCUGAAGUACGGCGCCAAGCACGUCAUCAUGCUCUUCGUCCCCGUCACCCUCUGCAUGGUGGUCGUCGUGGCAACCAUCAAGUCCGUCAGCUUCUACACGGAGAAGAACGGCCAGCAGCUGAUCUACACUCCAUUCACGGAGGACACCCCGUCGGUGGGGAAGAGGCUGCUGAACUCGGUGCUGAACACCAUCAUCAUGAUCAGUGUCAUCGUCGUGAUGACCAUCUUCCUCGUGCUCCUCUACAAGUACCGCUGUUACAAGUUCAUUCACGGCUGGCUGAUCCUCUCCUCCCUCAUGUUCCUCUUCUGGUUCAGCUUCAUGUACCUGGGGGAGGUUUUUAAGACCUACAACGUGGCGAUGGACUACCCCACGCUGGUGAUGAUCAUCUGGAACUUCGGGGCGGUGGGGAUGGUGUGCAUCCACUGGAAGGGUCCUCUUCAGCUCCAGCAGGCCUACCUCAUCGUCAUCAGCGCCCUCAUGGCCCUCAUCUUCAUCAAGUACCUGCCCGAGUGGUCCGCCUGGGUCAUCUUAGGAGCCAUAUCCGUCUACGAUCUGAUCGCAGUGCUGAGCCCGAAAGGGCCCCUGAGGAUGCUGGUGGAGACAGCCCAGGAGCGCAACGAGCCCAUCUUCCCCGCUCUCAUAUACUCCUCUGCUAUGAUCUGGAUGGUUGGAAUGGCCAAAGCCCCAACAGCUGUCGAGCCCACUAAUCAAUACACAGAUGAGGAGGAGCAGCAGAGUGACCGCGGUGACCUGGAGAGACAGCAGGGGGAGCCAGAGUGCCGCCUGGUCACGGGCAGGGAGGAGGAGCUCAGCCCUGGGGACGAGAUGGAGGAGGACAGGGGCGUGAAACUGGGCCUGGGGGACUUCAUCUUCUACAGCGUGCUGGUGGGGAAGGCCGCGGCGACCGGGGGCGACUGGAACACCACGCUGGCCUGCUUCGUGGCCAUUCUCAUCGGCCUGUGCCUCACCCUCCUGCUGCUGGCCAUCUUUAAGAAGGCCCUGCCCGCCCUCCCCAUCUCCAUCGCCUUCGGCCUCAUCUUUUACUUCUCCACCGACAACCUGGUGCGGCCCUUCAUGGACAGCCUGGCCGCGCACCAGUUCUACAUCUGACCCCCGAGCGCCCAGGACGCAGCGCAAGCUCCCAGGAUGCAGUGCGAUUCUGGUACUGGGCUGGUCAUCCUUCCACUU